AUGUGCUCCACAACUCUCAGCUUUUUUGCUCCUGAUCAAAAUUAUGCAAAAGUUCUACACGCUGUUACCAUACUUGAACUUUCCACUCACUCUUUUGGAGCAUACAUUAUCAUUACAAAAACGCCGAAAAGGCUGGAAUCCGUGAAGGCCAGCAUGCUUUAUUUAUACUUUGUCGGAGCAUUUGUUGAUGUUGGUUUCAGUGUUUUCACCAUGCCAGUGCUACAUUUGCCUGUUUGUGGAGGCCAUCCGCUCGGGUUACUUUCAUUUUUCGGCGUUCCAGUCUCAUUGCAAACUUAUUUUGGACUUUCUUUACCUACAGGUCAGUUUUUCUUCAAGAUAAUUGAUAUAUCAUUCUGUAAAUAAUUUAUCACUCUAACAACAUAAAUAACAGCAGAAAAAGGAGGGGUAUCUGUGAUAGUUAAUAUGAAUUGAGAAAAACCACUUUUGCAAUUAUGGUUGCGACCAUUGUAGUGUUUCUGGAAGAUCGUCGAUAUCGUUUGGUUAACGGCCAAAAGUCAGCCAAAAUGCGAAAAUGGUAUCGGUUAUUAUUUGUUGCGUUGCAUUAUGUUUCUGCUGUAAUGUACCAUGCGCCGGUAUUCUUUUUCCUUCCCGAUCAAGAAGAUGGAAGACUUGAAUUAAAAAGUGUGCAUUUUUUCAAUGUAAAUUACAAAUAUAUUUCCUAAUUUACCAUGAACAAAAUAAUUUAAUAAACGGUAUGAAAUAUCUCCAUUAAAAGACGUCAAUGUUUCAGAAAAAUCAGUGUAUUCCAAUAGAAGUUUUCGAUCAUCCAAACUUUUUUUUACUCGAGCACAAUGGGACUCAUAUUGUCACUUGCAUAUUAUUCUUGAUGACUAUUCUUUUGCCUCAAAUGUUUUUGCACUUCGGGCUGAUUUUUCGUCAUUUGCUCAAAAGUACACCUGUUUCUAGAAGCACAAUUCGUUUACAACAACAGUUUUUUAUCGCAAUGAGCAUGCAAGUUAUCAUUCCGUUUGUCAUAAUUGCUUUUCCAGCGUUUUAUAUGUUUUUUUCAGUUUUAUCUGAUUAUUGUAAUCAAGGUAUUUUUGUUUGUUCGAAGAAAUUUUAGACAUAAUUUCACAAUUCCAGACGCAAACAACAUAGUAUUUACGGUAAUUUCCAUACAUGGAGUGUUAUCCACUUGGACAAUGAUGAUGGCAUACAGACCUUAUAGAGAAUCAAUUGUCCAAAUGUUGAAUCUGAAUUUCAAUCAGUCAGGUCGUGGUGCUCAACUUAUUUGGAAGCUUACAAAAAGGACAAGUACUCGAAUUUGA